AUGCUCGCCCUCGCUCUCUUCCUCCUCCCCCUGACCCUCGCCGCCCCCUCGCAAAACUUCCUCAAUACCGCCAUAGCACGCACCAUCGAGCUCGGGGGAGCAACCACCUCCUCCCAGACUCAAUAUAGCGUCAAGGCGCUGUCGGACGCGCCGGGCUUAUAUCACUUGGCGUUGAGUACGAGUAGAGGAAAGGAGGUGGCGGACUGGUGGGAGGUCAGUGUGGGCGGGAAGGCGCAGGUCUUGCGGAAAGAGGUGGAAGAGGGCUUGCCUGUUGUAAAGGUGGACCUAGGGAGCUUGAAGAAGGAUGGAACGGUGACAAUAUCGCUCACCGAGAUGAUGGUCCGCGCGAGCUCUGCGCUGCCUGGAUCGAUCGCGCAGACGGAAACGCAGUUCAUGCUCUGGAAGUCAAACACGACGUAUGUGGAGAGCUGGUACACUACCGAAGUAGAGCGCGUCAAGAUCCGAUCCCCCACCCCCUUCAUCCUCUCCUACCCCGAGAUCCCAACCACCUACACUCGGGACAACACCGUCACUCGCGCCGGCGCGACUCUGACCCUCGGUCCCUUCCACAACCUCCCACCGACGCUGGGUUCUGCGUCGAGUGUGGAGCAGGCGCCAUUCUCGGUGCAUUAUGAACACAAGGAGGCGGUGGUGGCGCUGAGGAGCCUGAAGCGGGCGGUGGAGGUUAGUCAUUGGGGUGCGAACGUGAAUACGCAGGAUGAGCUGGAUUUGGUUAAUAUCGGGCCUAAGCUCAAAGGACACUUCUCCCGCCUGGCACACCAACAAUCGCGAUUCCAUGCCUCCGUCCCCGCCCAGAUCUUCACCGAGCUCCAGCUCCGCCUCCCCGCCCAAGCCCACUCGGUCUAUUACUACGACACCAUCGGCAACGUCUCCACCUCGCACUUCCGGCCCGGCUCCGUGCCUCCUCCGCCCUCGUCCUCCGCGGGCAAGAAGAUCCGGACCCAGCGCUCGGUUGACGGGCAUGUGGCUCUCCGACCGCGAUACCCUAUCCUCGGCGGGUGGAACUAUUCGUUUACUGUCGGAUAUGACCAGCCUGCGGGGGAUGUGUUGAGGAUUGCGGAGGGAGGCAAGAGGUUGUUGGGCGUACCGUUCUUUAAUGCCGUGAAGGACAUGGUGGUGGAUGAGAUGGAGAUGGUGGUUGUUCUGCCAGAAGGAGCUAGGGAUGUCGAGGUGUUUACUCCGUUCGAGGUGGACAGUAUUACACACUCUGUCAUCAAGACGUAUCUUGACACCACUGGCAGACCGACUGUCACUCUCAAAAAGAGCAGAUGUACAGAGAACCACGGGGAGACUAUCUAUGUCUCGUAUACCUUCCCCACGGCCGCACUGCUGCAAAAGCCACUGACGGUCGCUGCUGUCGUCGGCGGGAUGUUCUUGUUGGCUAUGGGGCUGAGACGGGUGGAUUGGAGCAUCGAGAAGAAGCGGAAAUAG